CCACGCAAGGAAGCAAGGAAGCAAACCGUCCGUCCCUAUCCAUCCAUCCUCUUCUUCUUCUUCUCCUCUGCUUUGCUUCGCUGCCAAGCCAUCCUCGGAUCGCUUCUCUCCUCUCCUCUCCUCUCGCCGGCGACGACUCUCCGUUCUUCACCCCGCGCAGGAAGAAGAAGGAGAAAGAAAGAAAGAAAAUGGCGGACAGCGGCGGCGGCAGCGACUGGGAGGUGGUGUCGCUCACGGCCUCCACCUACGCCGCCGCGCCGGGACCAAUCCAAGUCUCGCCCCUCCUCCACGCCGCCCACAAAACAGCAGAGUCGCCUCUUCUUCUCCUCCCAAAUCCUCCUGCUCCCCCUGCACAUUUCUUCAUGUCCCAGCACUUCAAUCUGCCACCGCUUUUUACUAGUACCCAUCCUGGGAAUAAUAAGGGAGGCCAAGAAUUACAAGAAUCCGGCCCUGCCGUGCCGGACGGUGAUGCUUCCGAUGAUGCCGACGGUCUCAACAUGCCCAUCAGCCCAGAAAACUACUGCCACAGCGAGAGCGAGAGGGAGGAUGUGCUGCUUCUUGCUAGUCCCGCCGGCAAUGGCCUUGGCCUGCAGGUGGAAGGAGGAGGUGAUCAACUGCAGCCAACCACCACGCCCUGCUCUCUUCCUGACGUUGCUGCAGGUUCAGAUGCUGCUGCUCCUGCUCCUGCUUCCGGCGGAGUCGCUGGCAAUGCUGCUCAGGCUCAGGUUUUUCUUAGACCUACUCUGCUUUCUGCAACUGUAUUCAGUUCCAGAGAGGAAAAAAGCUCUGUUUUCUGCAAGUGAGGCCGACAUCUCAUCUGUGUCGACCGUAAUACAUCAUAUAGAAACAUCAUGACCAACAUAUGUUGCUUGGUUCUCAUGUUUAUGGAUUGACACCUCCUAUACUACAUCUGCAACAUAUACAUAUCAUCUCAACACUACAGUUCUCAACUUGUGAUGUUGUUCAGUACAGUUGUGAUGCACAAUGUUGGUUCUGAUGUUUAUGGAUUCACCAACAUAUGAUGCUGAUUGGUACACAAUGAUGCACAAUGUUGGUACACAACACAAUAGCACAAUAGACACUACAUGCUCUGCUACUAAUCAUCUCAACACUACACUUCUCAUGUUUAUGAUGCCCAAGUACUCUACUGUUGCUGCUGGUGAUUAGUACUAGCACAAUGUUGGUACACAACACAAUAGCACAAUAAAACUUAGUAUGGUAGCUAAGUAAGAAGUUGAUGAUGACUUGGAUCGAUGAUGAUGACGAAAAGGGUGUGGUGAAUACUUUCUACUUACUCUGAUCCAUGUAAGUGGAGUGGUAUUACUUAAUUAGUAGCUAGGCAAUGGAGUAAUGAACAUGUGUGUAUGGGUGAGCAGUGGUGCUGGUUAAUUCCAUCUUGCUAACUAGUGUGAGUGUGGUGCUUGUAAAAUAAAGUGUUGUGUUUAAGCAAGCAGAGACUGAUAUUUCUUGUUAGAAGAUGAUUAACCAGAGACCGACUGAUA